CUUGGAGAGGAUCAUCCCUCCACUACAGAGCUCUCACAGAGCACUGAAUACUACACAGAGGACCCACGGGAAGGGCCGGGGGAAAGGAAAGGAAAAAAACCCUUGUAUACCAACAGGAUGUCACGGUAGGUUACACUUGGGGCACAGUGGGAAAGAGAGAGAUGAACUGCAAAGGAAGAAGAUGAACUUUGGAGGAUCACAGAGAUAAAAACUGCAUUUUUUGAAUGACCUCACCUGGCUUUUGCAGAACAAUGUGGAGGUGCAGAAAGAGCUGAUGUAUUGAGACAAGAAACAGCACAUCCAGUGAGAACAAUGUCUCUUCUGUCUUCCUUUGCUUGGCAUCGCUGCUCUUGCCUCCGGGUCCGCGGUUGACAUCGGCCCUGUUUAUCUGUCUAGAGCGACGAGCCAGCACUGGGACUGUCUCUCAUGUCAUCUCUGACAUGAUGCUCCUGACGCUGACAAGGGAUAACGCUGCUGCUGCUGCUGAUGAUGAUGAUAUCUAACACUAGCCAGUCACAUAUCUGACAGUCCUGCAGCACAGACAUAUUGUUAAGGCAACAGCAGAGACAGAAGGAGCGGGUCAGUGUGGAAUCAAUGCCAAUGGCCCUAUUUAUCUGGAAGUGUGCCGUCUGGACACCUGUGACCACGGCUCUGUAAUCCUCGUGUAACCUUGUCGUUACAGAUGCAGUCACCUGCCACUCACCAGAGACUGAUGCCAGAAAGUUUCCACAGCUAUUUCUGCCCGGGGACACUUGAGGAAAGGCUCAGACUCUGUGACUGGAUGUAAACUCGGUGGAAUUUAUUGUACUUGCUGGGGACCAUGCAGAUAACAGGAGGAAUCCAGCCUCAUCUCCAGCCUGCGGGAACUGUAGUUUUGCUCUGAAAGUGUUUCUCUUGUGUGUGGCGAUACAUUGUUUGUGUGUGUUGAUUUUCCUUCCCUUCCAUCUGUGGAGCCAAUGUACAUUUCUGAGCCUGCCUAGUGGCAUAUGAGACACAAUUGUCUCCUAGAUACAUACCUACAUGUUAAUCAACAGUGAUUUCAAACUGUAACUUUGCACUUUGCAGUGUGAGCAUCCGUCCGUGAGAGUAAAUCAUGGCCAGCAUGGCGGUUCAACUCCUUGGCUUCUUCUUGGGGCUGCUGGGGUUUGCAGGAACUGUGGUUGCAACUCUGCUCCCCCACUGGCGCUGCACAGCCUAUUUGGGCUCCAACAUCAUCACAGCCACCGCCUACAUGAAGGGCCUGUGGAUGGAGUGUAUAUGGCACAGCACUGGCAUUUACCAGUGUGAGAUGUACAGAUCUCUACUGGCACUGCCGCGCGACCUGCAGGCUGCCCGGGCACUCAUGGUGCUCUCCUGCGUCACCUCAGUCCUGGCAUCUGUUGCUUCUGUGAUGGGGAUGAAGUGUACCCGUUUCGCCCGCGGCUCGCUAAUCAAGUCUCCCCUGGCGCUGAGUGGGGCGAUUUGUUUCCUCUGUGCCGGCCUGCUCUGCCUGGUCACCGUGUCCUGGACCACCAAUGAUGUCAUCAUGGACUUCUACGACCCUUUCCUCCCCAGCGGGAUGAAGUACGAGAUCGGCCUGGCUGUGUAUCUUGGCUACGCCUCGGCCUGCCUCAGCCUGACUGGAGGACUGGUGUUGUGCUGGAGCAGCAGUGGCGACAGGUCACAAAGCCGUCCCCGUAUGCAGAGGAAUCAACCAUUAUCACCUCCCCCCGCCUUCAACCACAUAUAUCCUCCUGCUCCACUGUACAAGCCCCCCGAGGCCCUGAAGGACAAUCACGCUCCCUCGCUUUGCUCCCUCUCUAGCAAUGGCUAUAGGCUCAAUAACUACGUCUAAGAAUGGAGGAAAUACUGACAUGAUAACUGUGAAUGUGAAUGAUUUGGACAAAAAAGGAUAUUGUAUAGAUAAAAACAGUCAAUUGAACACUUCAUAAACUUAAUCUUUAAUAUCUUUACAGGUGUUUUUGCCUCCUCCAUACCUAUAAAACAAGUGUGAAAAAGACCAGUCGGUUACAAUACAAUGUUUAUUUUUGCCUUUAAUGGACAGGACAGGUGAAGAUAGACAGGUAAGGGAGCAAGAGAGGAUGACACGCAGCAAAGGGGCCACAGGUGGGAUUUGAACCCAUGGCCGCUGCAGCACGGACUCAGCCUUGGUACAUGUGGCGCCACAACACCGUGUUUGACAAAAAAAAAACAGAAGCAUGACGCUUUCCUUUAACUUUAACAUGAUGAGAUCUGAGACACCAACGAAACUCUGAGCCACAGUGUCUGUGAGAGACAGAGCUGAAACCUGUUGACCUGCUGCUGUGCUCCUGAGGAACCAGAAGGUGGCAGUAUUUUACAGUAAAUAGUCACAGAAGAGACUACAGACAUAAAUCAGAUUCCUCAUUCUGUGCUGUUAAUGGGUCAGCAAUUGUUCUGUCACUUCCUUCUUGUAGCCUACUUUCUUGUUGAGAUUAAUUCCAAAGCUAGUUAAUUUAUAAUAAUGCAGUAUCUGUCAGACUUAUGGUUGUGGUUACCUUCUGUUAUCCCCGGCAGGCAAGUUAUUAUCAUUUUUAAUCAUUAUUAUUAUUUUAAAGGAAAUGGAUUGGUAUUGUUUCAGUUUUCAGUCUUUUUAUGCCAAAGAAAAUAAAAAAACAAUGCAUAUUUUA